CAUAAACAAACAAAUUAUUAGUGAGCGAGAGCGAGCGAGCGAGCGACCCACGAUUUCGCUUUUUUCUUUCUCCUUCGUUUUUCUUCUAUUUUCUCCUCUCCCCGGAAAUACAGAAACAAACGCAGUAGAAAUGUUUUCCCGAUUUCAUCUCUCCAAUUUCUUCGAGUGAGGGAGCCACCACCACCACUCGCCACCAAAUUCCCCAAUUUCAAGCAGUUGUCUCCCUUCGCGCACACCUAAAAUGAUCCCUUUGUGAAUUCCUUCUUCUUCUUCUAUACAUUUCCCCUGCCGCUCCGCUGCUUCGCCUGUUUGUGAGAUAGAUUCUUCCAAGAGGAGGAAAAGGGGCAUUUGGGUUUGAUGGGCGCUCCUAAGCAGAAGUGGACGGCUGAAGAAGAGGCCGCCCUUAAAGCCGGAGUGGUUAAGCAUGGGACUGGUAAAUGGCGCACUAUCCUUAUGGACCCGGAGUUCAGUGCAGUCUUGCAGCUGCGUUCUAAUGUUGAUCUCAAAGAUAAAUGGAGAAACAUAAAUGUGACAGCAAUUUGGGGUUCUAGGCAAAAGGCAAAGCUUGCACUUAAGAGCAGUCCGCAAACACGUAACAAUGAUCAGAGCUCUAGCCAUCCGGCCACUGUAGUACGCUCCAAUGAAGAAGUUGUCGACGCCAAGCCUCUUGCUGUAGUUUCUGCUGCAACAUCACGACGUAGUGGGAGUCCAAGGGAACUACUUCCAAAGUUGGAUAGUUUGAUUUUAGAGGCCAUCAGUACUUUGAAGGAGCCAGGUGGUUCUGAUGGGGCUUCAAUUGCUAUGUACAUAGAGGAUAAACACUGGGCACUUCCAAAACUCAGAAAGCUAUUGGCCGGAAACCUAAAGCGUUUAACAGCUGCUGGAAACUUGAUCAAGGUAAAGCACAGGUACAGAAUUGUACCAAGUUCUCCUAUAUCAAGGGGAAAGAAAAGAACUCCCCUUUCACGUAUAGAUGGAGAUCAGAAGAACACUUCAAACUUGGAGAAGAAUGGCACUUCCAAAAUGGUGACCGAGUCCCAAGUUGAAGAAGGCCUAUUGAGAAUACAAGGUAUGACUGCCCAAGAGGCUGCUGAUGCUGCAGCAAAGGCAGUUACAGAAGCCGAGGCUGCUAUUGCUGAGGCCGAAGAGGCUUCUAGGGAGGCUGAUAGAGCAGAAGCUGAAGCAGAAGCCCGACAAGUUUUUGCAAAAGCAGCUUUGAAAGCGUUCAAACUCUGUGCACCUCACUGCUGAUGACAGGGAGUAUGCCUUUGGAUGGGUGCUAGAGGUGUUUUAGCACAAAUAGUAAACCUCGUAAUUGUUGCAGCAAAAUCUCGACUGCCAGGCAUGUUGUCUUGUACUGUAAAUGUUGUAUAUGUCAAAGGUGCAACAACAUCAAAUCUGCUACGAUAUAGUCACCAUUUGGAAAAUGGGAAUCUGGAUCUCAGGGAUUCUGAAGAAUAUAGAUUUUUUUUUUACACUAAGUUUGUAGUGAUUUGGAAGGGCAUGAGACAGACCUCAAAGAAUCAGGAAAUAGAAGCUAAAGUUGCCCAUUUCUUUCAUCCAUCUUAGUAAUACAAACAUCAGGAAGAAAUCAUCAUUUCUGGUCACAAGCAGGUCUGAAACCAUGAGGAUGCCAAUCUGCGUGUGUUUUUCACGAUCUAGAAUAUAUGUUUGUACCCUAAACUAGGUUUGAUAUCCACAGAGAGCUCAUGGAAGAUGGCAAUUACUAAUUGCAGCUAAAAGCUCGUGUAAACUGUCCACGCUGAUCUUACGUUCAUAAGACUUUAAUAUAUCUUUCAAUGGGUUUCACUGAUCUGGAGUGCUGCAUACACUGCAG